AUGAAUCUUCGAAUGAAAAAGACGAACGGAAAAUUCUACUUCAUCAAUGAAACGCAGCGAUUGGAACUAUACCUCGAACAAACCAGUUCUGAUCUGGUAAUGGAGCGGAUCGAAGGCGAUUUUGAGCUGUUCGCGGGGGGACACAAUUCGCCGGAGCUUGUUUCUUGUAGUGCCAGCACACUCACCACCAUUCAAUCUGUACUCGAAGAUGCCGAAAUGAAGCAACCCGAAAGCAGAGCCAUACAAAACUGGCUGAUCAAGCUCAAUGAUCUUACGUAUGAGAUUGAUGACAUUUUGGAUGAGUGUGCAACUGAAUUCUCGAAACUGAAGCGCAAAAGCAGCAAAUUAAGUCGUUAUAUUAGUUUGAAGGUGAUCCUAUUGCGGCACAAGAUCGGAAGAAGGAUGAACCAAGUCACUCGAAAAUUGGACGCGGUUGCUGCAGAACGUGCAAACUUCCAUUUACGUGAGAUGAGUAUUAAUGCAGAGAGGUCAACCGAGUUCACUGCCACACGUGAGACUGGUCCCGCUUUGAACGAGUCUCAUCACGUAUAUGGCAGGGAAAGAGAUACAGAGAAGAUUGUAGAGAUCUUGGUCAACCACGUUCGCGGAAAUGAAGAGAUCUCGAUUCUGCCUAUAAACGGUGUUGGAGGCCUUGGCAAGACCACUCUUGCUCGAUUAGUAUACAAAGAUCGACGUGUCAUUCACCAUUUCGACAAAAGAAUUUGGGUUUGUGUCUCUGACGAUUUUGAUCUGAAAACUUUGUUGAAAGCCAUGAUUGAAUCCGGGGGUGGAAAUGCUUCAGAUUUAAUGCACUUGGGUUCUUUACAGCGCGUGCUAUGGGAGUUGCUCAACCAAAAGAGAUACUUGCUUGUAUUGGAUGAUGUUUGGAACGACGAUCAAGACAAGUGGUCUCAGUUAAGAGAUGUUUUGGCUUGUGGCUUGAGUGGGAGUUCGAUUAUCGUCACCACACGAUUAAAAAAGGUUGCUGAAAUAAUGCGAACCCUUCCACCACAUUACUUGACUGGAUUGUCGGAAGAGCAUUGCUGGAUGCUUCUCCGAGAACGUGCAUUCGGCCAGGGUAAUAAAGAGUUAUCUCCCAAGCUGGAAGCCAUUGGUAGGCAGAUAGUGAACAAGUGUUCUGGUGUCCCUUUGGAUGCCAAGGCGCUUGGAGGUUUGCUGCGAUUUAAGAGGACAGAAAAGGAGUGGAUUUACGUAAAAGAAAGUGAAAUGUGGGAAUUACCUGAAGAAGAAAAUUUGAUACUGCCAACCCUAAGAUUGAGUUAUCAUCAUCUUCCGUUAGCAUUGAGACAAUGUUUCGCUUAUUGUGCAGUAUUUCCCAAGGAUUCUCGUAUUCAGAAAGAAGAAUUGAUCUUUUUGUGGAUGGCGCAUGGAUAUAUUUCAUCAAAGAGGGUAAUGGAAGUGGAGGAUGUCGGGGAAGAAAUAUGUAACGAGCUAGUGUUGAGAUCACUUUUGCAAUGUGAUACAGAUCCGGAUACAAACAAACCCACUCUCAUCAUGCAUGAUCUUGUUCACGAUCUCGCCCGGUCAAUCCUGGAGAAUGAAAUUCCUAGAACACAAGUGCUAAGGAAUGUCAGAAAUGCAUCUUACAGCAAAAUCAGGCAAGUAAAUUUGCGAAGAAAGUUGAUGGCAUUUCCAACAAGUAAUAAACCUGAGAUGGACAUGUCUUUCGUAUUAACAAACUUUUGUCGUUUAAGAAUAUUAGAUGCUAGUUGGACAGGGGUAGUAGAUUUGCCCCGUGCACUAGGCAAACUAAAACACUUGAGACACUUGAACUUGUCUGGAACUGGAAUUCGUACCCUACCAAAAUCAUUGUGUAGUCUAUUGAAUUUGCAGGUCUUGAACUUGGAUGAUUGCAAAGAGCUUGUGGCUUUACCCAAGAAGAUGAGAUACUUAGUGAAUCUCCGUCAUCUGUAUUUGGAAUCAUGCACGUCGUUGAAGGAGAUGCCGUCUAAAAUUGGAAAACUUAUCGGCCUUAGAACAUUGAGCCUGUUCAUAGUGGGUCGUAAUAGAGGUAAUCGACUUGAAGAAUUGGAAUGCUUGAAGCUGUGUGGCGAUCUUAAAAUCCGCCAUCUGGAAAGAGUGGAAAAUCCAACAGAUGCAAAGAAGGCAAAUCUUGCUGCAAAAGAAAAUCUUCGUGUGUUGUGGUUACUUUGGGAACGUGAGAAAAUUGCAUCCAAAUCAGGAGGAGAAGAGAUAGAUGAGAAGGUGCUUGAAGCACUCGAACCUCACCGAAAUCUCGAGUAUUUAGUGAUAAAGGGCUUCGCCGGUAGGUGUUUUCCAGUUUGGAUGUCAAGUCCGAAUCUGGACAAAGUGGUCGAUUUUAUUUAUCAGAUUGCCGGAAUUGUUCGCAUCUUCCACAACUGGGAAAUCUACCCCAUCUUAAAUCCUUGCUCAUACGUAAUGUGGCGGGGAUCGAGUACAUUAUUGAGGAUCCAACAAUAAGCGACCGAGUCCGACAGUACUUCCCA